CGGGGUGAGCGAGUGAGGCACGGAGUAUCGCCGCUCGCCGCGCCGACCGCCACCGCCGCGCACACGACGUGCUUCGCGUCGUCCUCGUCGUGCCGCGAGUGUCUGCAGCAGCGACGCCUUGCGCGGGAGUGUGUGUGUGCGUGCGUGUGUGUGCGUGUGCGGUUCUACUGCCAGUUCCCGGCGAAAGGUUAACCACCUAGACAAGUCGGCCUCCUCGUCGUCGGCGUCCUCCACGGGGAAGUCCCGCGUCGCUGUCUCCUCGGGGGCCUUGUCGUCGCCCCGCCGCCCGCACCCAGGCCGUGGCCGUCGAGGGGAACCUCGGCAGCAGAUUCCACGCCCCCACUGGAAGUACCAGUCGCCAAGACGAACUCCGAAAAGAUGAUCAAGGAGCUGUGGAGGCGGGAGCUGCGGCUCGACCUCCUCAGGGCGGACUACCACUCGCCGCACAAGUUCACGCAGACCGAGUGGCAGGACCCACGGCAGCCGCCGGCGCUGUGGUACGUGGUCUACCGCUGGCUGUCGGCAGUGCUCUUCUUCGCCGUGGCCGUGUGCUCGGUGCUGGACGCGGGCCGCGACGGCCAGGACAUCGGCGUGCGCUACGUCAAGUGGCCCAUCUACCUCACCAACUGGGGGCUCGCCUGCUGCUGCCUGCAGGCCGCCCUGGGCGCCGGCAUCGCCACCUCCAGCCUCGUCCAGGACCGGCGCCAGCGCAGAGUUUCCUUUUGGCGUUGCCGCCAACCCUACUUUCGUUGCAGUCAAGUGAAUGUGUCGUGUAGUACGGAACGUGAGAACGGGCCUAGCAGCCCCGCGGCGACGCAGAGUCUACAGGCGCCCGCCCUGCCGCUGGUGCACCGCCUGUACUGGGUGCUCAACACCAUCUCCGUGACGGUGGCCAUCGGCAUCACCUGCACCUACUGGGUCGCCGUCUACGAGCCAGAGACGCACGUGCUGGACGCCCUCAACAUCCUGGUGCACGCCGCCAACUCGGCGCUCAUGAUCAUGGACAUCCUGCUGGCGGCGCACCCGCUUCGCCUGCUGCACGCCUUCUGGCCGCUGCUCUUCGUCACCAUCUACCUGAGCUUCAGCCUCGUGUACUUCCUGGCCGGCGGCACCGACAGGAUGGACCGGACGUGCGUGUACCCGGUGCUGGACUGGGCCAAGCCGACGCGCACCACGGUGGUGUGCGUGCUGGGGCUGAGCUUCGUGGUGGCCGUGCACACCGCCGUCUGGGCCAUGCACCUGGCGCGGCGCCGCAUCGCGCGUUCGCUGCGCGAGGCCAAGAUGGCCGCCAACAAGGGCCAGGCCGACAAGAAGGACCCCGCCGUGCAGCUGGAUGCCAUGGCGUGAGGGGCUGGCGCCGUUCUGCGAGGAGAAGCGCACAAAAACAAGAGAAAGAAAGGAGGAUCGAGACGGGUUGUGACAUGGUCAUGGUUUUGUUAGUUUGUUGUUUGAAAAGCACUGGUUUGUUCUGGGUCGGAACGCCUCGCGUCGUGCCGUGUUUGUGAUAAUGUCGCUUGGAGGUCUCGCGGCACGCAGGGACUGACAGUGACACAGUGACACUUUGCGCUCUGGAGGGCGCUUCUUAAUCUUGCGACUUGAGUUGCUUCCUUUUGCGUUAAUUCUAGCGCACGUACCAAAAAUUAUUUUAAUUUUGUUUGCGUGCGACUUGCCAGCUCGGGCGAUAUUCCAGUUUCCUGCUCAAUUUUUAUUAUCUCCUUACGUUUUUGUUUAUCAAAGAUGCAUGUGCGACGUACUCUACUGGAGAGGUGCAUAUGAUGACUGCAUGCCAAAGAAAAAAUGCAGGAUGAAAUUGAAGAGCAUGAUGAUUCAACACGCUGCACUUUUAGUGUCAUAUGAGUCUGUAAAUAGCCGAUGCUAGGAUCUGUUAGUUGUUAUUUAUAAAAUAGUAGUAGUUAUAAUGUCAAGAGAAAAUUAAAUCAGAGGCGAGAGAGCCUUUUUCUUGAUUGCCAAUGUUUAUAUGUUUUAUAUUCGAGUGUUACUCUUAUCUUUGUUUGAGUCUUGCGCGCGAGACUCUUUCUUUUCUAUCUCUCUGUCUCUCUCUUUCUUUUGUGAUAUUUAUUUUAAAAGGCAAUAAACUGUGACUUGUAGCCAGCCGAUUUUAUGAAGUAGUGGAGUAGUGGCCAUCAAUGACUCUGGACUCUGUGAAGGUCCUCGCCAUGGUCGCCUGCGGCCCUGCGGUCGCGGGCAUCGCCCUCAACUAGUCUUUACACCUAGUAUUCGUUCGCGUCCAGGAACGGCAGCAGAGGUAUUCCAAGCGUUCGUCGUAGCGAAGUAGCGUUAAAGUUGCUUGUGCGGGCAGGAGGGCGUUCGAUGCCAGGCUUAGAACGACCCUUUUGUGAAUCUCUUUUAAAUGGCACAUGACUUUUAAUUGUACUCGUUAGAUUAGUUCGUCGUGUACUGGUAUAUCAUAUACGUAUGGCGUGUAAUUUUUAUUUUGUGGAGCAUGUCUUGUAAAAGUAAAAUUCGAUUGCCGCGGUCUGCUGGCCUUCCCGCGCGCUGGAGUUGAAAGGGUUGCCAACCCACCGGGCGCGCAGCGCGCAGCCACUCCGGCCCUUCUCUGGCUUCGCACAUGCAAACCCUGUUCCUGCAUUUUUGUUUCACUUUUUUUUUUUAAAUUGGAAUGCUUUAUAAGCCUGCUCGAGACGAUAUAUGUCAACAUAAUUUCGAUUGGCAGACGUUUUAUUUUUAUUACUUUUACCCUUAUGUGAUUCGCAAGCUGACCGGUGAUAAGUGACAUAUUCGGUUGCUAUACUUAUGUGCUAUAGAUGUUUGAUGUACUACGUAGUUUGUUGUGUUUUUGUCUGUUAAUAGUAUUUAAAGCGUAUAUAGAUGUGUUUAUUAGCUGUCCCUAGAGUGUACGAGUCCCAUCUUCGACUUCUGUAUAUUGAUAUUAUGUGCUUGGCGAAUUAUAUUUAAUUUCCAAAUACUGUAA